ACCGCUCCUUCUCUUUCUCUCUUCACCUCACAUCCAUCUCCUCUUUUCUUGGUUUUAACCGGUUAAUCGCGUGCACCGACCCGUCCCGCUCCCCCUCUCUCUGGGCCCGGCUCGGUCCGGUUCGGCUCGGUUCGGCUCCGCUGCUAAACGCCGCCCAGAGGAGUCCGGUGGGUGAAUUUGUUGGCGCAGAUGAGACGGGAGGAGGCUGAUGGUUCAGAAACCCGCAGGGGGCGCUGCAGAGUGUGAAGAUGGCUAACGCCGUGGCUUCGUACGACCAGCUGGCCCACCAGGUGGAGGCGCUCCGCAAGGAGAACUCCCACCUGAGGAGGGAGCUGGAGGACAACUCCAACCACCUGUCCAAAACUGGAGACCGAGACGUCCGGCAUGAAGGAGGUGCUGAAGCAGCUGCAGAGUAAACUGGAGCAGGAGGCGGGAACCCUGGCCUCGUCCGGGAGGAGCGACGUGCUGCACCAGCUCAAAGAGCUCCACAUGGACCUCACCAACUACUACGAACUCAAACACCAGCCUCACAACCUGAGGCUGCUGAGCGACAGUCUGGGAGGGGCGGGGCCGGGCGGGGUGGGUGGUGCGGAGAUAGACGACCGUCUGGCUCUGCCUCCUUCCUCCUGCUCCUCCUCGUCCUCGGCGGCGGCGAGCAGGGCCCGGAGUCCGCUGAGAGCUUCGUCCCGUCAGAGCGCCGCAUCCGGGGGGAGGCCGCCGCCAUCAUGCUGCCGCAUCACUUCCUGGACGGAGCCCCGCCCAAAACGGCUGUGAUCAGCGGAGCGGACGGACGACUGAGCGACCAUCACCUGGAAGAGCUGUACAAGGAGAGGAACCUCCUGUUGGGGGAGAUCGACCGGGAGGAGAGGGAGCGCUGCUGGUACUUCAGCCAGUUGGAGGCGCUGUCACAGAAACUGGCCCAACUUCCCCGAAUCGACACGUUUUCUCUGCAGAUGGAUCUGAUCCGGCAGCAGCUGGAGUUCGAGGCUCAGAAGGUUCGGUCUGUGAUGGAAGAACGAUUCGGCACCAGCGACGAGAUGGUUCAGAGGACGCAGAUGCGUGUUGCCCGUCUGGAGCAGCUGGAGAAGGAGCUGCAUGAGGCCCGAGGGAGUCAGGAGAGUCAGCUACAGGUCAGACACACUGUACACACAAGAAUACACACUCUACACAAUGUACACAACCAGAUGUAUUACACAAAAAAACACACAUAAACACACAUGAGCAGACAGUAGACU